AUGUCGCGGGCCGAGCAUCGCACUUCUUUCGGCUGGACGUGCGGGGCCCGCUGUUCACGCGACCCACACGGAAGUGAACUGCCCGUAAACCAGAGGCAAACUGUAUUUCCCAACGGCACAUUGCUGCUGGAGACCCUCACGAAGGCCAAGGAACAAGGGGAGUACACCUGUGUCGUGGAAAGCCUGGAUGGGACAUCUGUUCAGCAACUCGUUCGGGUCAUUGUCAGAACCGGACCGCAGAUCACGCCGUUCCGGUGGCUGGACGAGCUGCAGGAGGGAAUGCGCGCGGGUCUGAGCUGCUUCGUGCACGCCGGCGAGCAGCCCAUCGUCAUCGAGUGGCUUAAAGACGGCGCGCCACUGACGCGACCCGUUCGCCAGGACGGGUUUGUGUCCACGCUUUCGCUGGAAUCCUUGUCGUCGCAGGACAACGGCAACUACACCUGUCGCGUCUCCAAUGCCUGGGCGACGGCCACCUACAGCGCCGUGCUCAGGGUCAAAGGCAGGGAUAGCGGCCCGUACCGCGCCCUGGUGAGCACCUCCCGGGUGCACGUGCUCGUCAACGGCUCUCUGAGCGUGCGCAGUCUGGAGACGGGCGACGCGGGCCUCUACCUGUGCGAGGCCUCCAACGGCGUCGGUGCCGAGCUCUCCAAGGUGGUGCGUCUCACCGUGCGGAGCAGCCCGCGGCUCUCGCCCAAGGAGUCCACAACAUCGGCGAAGCGGGGAAGCACGGUGCACCUCCAGUGCGAACCACAUGGGGACAUGCCCAUGCGCUUCUGGUGGCUGAAAGACGGCGUGCCCAUCGCGGCAAUCAGUGACCACAGAUAUUCCCAAGUCGAGCAUGCUGACGCCAACAAGGCGAGAUCCACGCUGACCAUCACGGACACCCAAAAUUCGGACAAUGCCCUCUUUACCUGUCACGCAUCCAACGACUUCGGAGAAGACACCACCAACAUAAACCUCAUCGUUCAAGAUGUUCCUGGAAUACCUGACAGCCUGCAAGUAAGCGAGGCAUCCAGCAGAUUCGUGCGGCUCACCUGGACAGAGCCUUUCAGCGGAAACAUGCCUAUAACGCAGUACCUUCUGCGAUGGACAAACAAGGAAGGCACUUGGGAGGACAGCGUGUCGGUGUCCGGCACCGAGACCAAGGUGACCGUACGGGGAUUAGAGCCCUCAGCCUCGUACCUGUUCACCGUGAGAGCGGAGAAUGCCUUAGGCCCCGGUGCUUACACUUCGCCGUUGGAGGUGCACUACCGAUCCCCUCGAAAUGCGCCGAGUAACAUUCAUCUCGCACCUAUCGACUCCAGAAGCAUAGCAGUAAAAUUUGAGCACCCGUCCUCUCCCAGCCCACCGGGUAGCAGCAGAAGCGGUGGUGGCGGCGGUGGACGAGUGGAUGGCUACUACAUUGCCUACCGUCGACAGGGUUCACCAGAGCCCCUCCGCUAUCACACGCUGCACGAGCGAGAAGGCGUCCUCUCCGGUUUGGACAAGGACACCCGCUACGAGGUGCUCGUGCAGGCCUACAACGCCAAGGGACCGGGACCCCCUUCUGGGACGCAUGUCGUACGCACCCUGGCGGCAGAUCCUCCGCCGCCGCCAACGUACCGUGUGGUGGGCACCUCGGCUCGGACCAUCUCGCUGGCUUGGGAGAGGCCGGUCAUCCCUUUCGACGAUCCUCCUAUCAGGAGCUACUACGUGUCAUGGCGACUGGAGGGCGACGAGCACCCUUGGCGGGAGCAGUCGGUGGGUGGGGACAGGACCAGCUUUGCGCUGUCCGGUCUCGCGUGCGGCACGAGACACCAACUGCGCAUGCGCUCAGCCAGCGACGUAGGACGAGGACCCGAAGGAAACGUGGUCACCGCCUCCACUGAAGGGAACCGUCCCGUGCUCCAGCAGCCGGACCGUCUGGUGGCGAGCAACUCCAGCGCCGCCUGGCUGCACCCCGAGGCGUGGUGGCACGGCGGCUGCCCCAUCAGCCACUUCACCGUCCACUACCGGCGCAGCGCCGAGACGGACUGGACGCUGGUGUCCAGCCACCUGCCCUACAGGCGCGACGAACCGUUGGUCCUCUCGGACCUGGAGUCGGGAUCCUGGUAUGUGCUGCUCAUGGUGGCGCACAACGACGCCGGCAGCACCACGGCGCAGGUCAACUUCGCCACACUCACGCCUGAUGGAGACGUGCCUUCACACAAGCCGCACCUACUUGAUGCCAAGAUGGCGUCCUUCUACCGGCACCUCACUGUGACGCUACCCAUCGGCAGCUCGGUGCUCGUGCUCGUCGUGGUGCUUGCGGUGCUCUGGUGCGUGAUGCGCCGCCACGCGGACGACACUACUGCUGCGCAAAGCACACCUCAGGGUAGCGUGUGCGGCGAGCGUUACAAGAGCGAGGUGUUGAGCUCUGUGGAGCCCACGUACUGCGGCGGCGGCUCCUCGCGAGGAUCUUCAGCCUACGCGGUGCCACACAGAGUCUACGAUGUGCCUUACGCCCAGAAAAGACCAGUGGAACAGAUAGCCAUUCAAUCUAGGAAGUCACAGGGUGCGACGGGUCUAAGCCGUGAUGGGUCUCAACUCUUCUACGUGUCAAGCAAAUCUAAAGUAUUCGACGAGGACGAAAUGCAUAGGUUAUGACGCGUGGCUGCCGUCGUACCAUUGUAUUGGAGGACGUAAUGCGAGCAGUGUUGCCGCAGGAUGAUCACCGCUCCUCUGCCCAAUAUCAAUCGAUACAUUCGGAACCAAGUGUACACUGCGACCACACCUCAGCGCAUCAUCAUCCCGACCCUCAACGGUUCGCAAUUGAACAUGGCAGCUCAGACGAUCGGAUUUUCGAUCUCACUGCCAGAAAGGAGUCGCUUAGGCCGAGCGCCUCGAUACCAUACUUGCUGUUGAUUGUUCUUAUUUUGGUGGAAACUGCAAUACAAAGCAAAACUAUUGGGACCUUAGACCAUAACCGAUUCUCUAACCACGUAAUAGGACCUAUGGUUGAUGCGGGUGGGGCAGGGGGAUGGUGUGGUUAGGCCUUAGUCAAUUCACAAUAAAAAGGUUUAGCCUGUCCGUGUUAAGGUGAAAAGGGAUGGGACGGGGGGGGGGGGGGGUGUAUUGUGGUUUACGGAAUCGACUUGAACACCAGAUGCGUGGAUGGCAGCCACAGUAGUGACAUCUUGGGGCGUUUUGUUCACCCAAAAAAGUGCUGAGACACACUUUGGUGGUUCUUUCUGUUCUCGUCGAAGGAAAAGAAAAAGAGCCAGUAUAUGCAUUCAGUUUAAGUUGUUGAUGAUGCAGCGAGGUAUCAUUUAGACCAGUAUUGAAAUGAUAGUGUUAUGUGCUGUGGUCAAACUCAACGUCACUAGGUGGCGCCACCAGCGUUGCUGUUCAUUUUUACGUCUUUAUUAAUACGGCAUUGCCCUUUAAGACGACAUGCCAUGAAAGACAAUUGACCUUAUUGACCAGCUACGGGAGGGCAAGAGCUCACCGACAAUAGCAGGUAGCCACGGAGGAACAAUUUGGUGUUACCGGAACAUAUUAUGGUUUUACGUAAGAUGUGCUAUCUUCAAACAUCCGCACUUAAGAGUGUUGGUGUACUGUGAUAUUUGCUUACAAACAUUGUUUCCUUACACAAAAGGACUGCGAUAGGACAUUCCCCCCAAAAAAGCGACGACCGAAGGUUGCGAACCAAAAAAUCUAAUUGCGGUUGUACUUAUUAUAACUGAAGAAAAGUGACUUGCGUACUCACUGCCGCGUGCACAAUGUUCAGGCGUUCUAAUAUGGCACACCGUUUCUGUGCUGCGACGUUAUGACACUGCGUAUGAGUAAUUGCCACGAAAGGGUGUGCACCUUAUGUAGAAGGCUUGUUAAUGUGCGUGAUGACGCCGGCUGUUUUCGUGACUUUGUAAAUUUGUACAUACGCGAAAAUAAA